AUGCCUAUGCAGCUGUUUUUCUCCCCUGACCUGCGUUUUUCCCUUUCAGAUGCUGGCAACAUUCAGCAGUCAGAGGAUGAGCUGUUGAAGUACUUGGGAGUGGUGAUAUAUGAAGCCCUGGACUGGGGAAUUGACAGUCAAAUGGAGCGAGAACUGAGUGAUCCUUUGGAGAAACUGCUGUGCCUCAUGUUGAAACUGGAUGACAAGGCAACAAAACCACCAGUCACCCUGCAGAGGGUUAUCAAGGCCUGUGAGGAGCACUUGUCCAGGCCUUCUGAGGCUACCAGCCAUUAUGAAAUGACCUGUAGGAGUCUGUUUACUGAAUAUAUUGAACUUCAGAAGCUUGUGACCGUCAUCCAGGCCUCCAAAGAGAGACUGAGAAAAGUGGAUGUGGAAGAUUGGCUGGAAAAUCCCAUUCAAAAGAAGAAAACCCAUGGUGCAUCUCUGUGGCAUGAUGUCAUCUGUGAGCUGCAGACUGGUGUGAGGCUGCGCAAGGCCACUGAGCGAUCACAGCACUGUAUGUCUCCAAAAGAACGUGUUUGCUCUCCCUAUGAGCUGCUUUUGGAUGACAUUCAGCACAAGAGGUACGCCCUGCGGAAGGUGACCAUCAAGCAAAAGCACAGGGCCCUCAAAGUUGAUGUAGCUGCUCUCAAGCCUCAUCUAAGGCCGAUGUUGAAGGUGAAGCCGAAACAGUGUGUGCCACAAGAGCCCAGCUGGCAUGAACAACUCAUGGCAGAAGUAAAGCAACCACCAAAGCUUUGGACAGUAGUACAGGAAAAGAGGAGCAGGCCCAGAGAAAUUCUUGUAGCAUCAAAUGCUGCCUUCAACUCUCCAAGCAACAAUUUCUUAUGUCUCCAAGGUGCCAGUACUGAGUUUAAAAUUGCCAACACUGGAACACAGCAUCUGGGAGCUCAGGCAACCACUCCCAAGCUGCCUGCUAGCACCUGCCUUCCCUCCACCAGGCUGUCAGGAGUAUCCUGCAUCAGCACAGAUCUCACUGCAGAUUGCAUGUCUCCUCCCAUGAGUGCACCCACACCAGCAGAUGUUAUGCCUAAGCAUUUCCUGAGCACUGGCAAACAGCGGCUGCCUCCUUAUAGAGGAAGGUCCAAAUCUUUAGAGAGAGGCCUUCAAAGCAAGGAGCUUGACUGUUGCUUUCCUACCAAGUGGCCAUCACCAACCCUUGCUGAGCUCAUUGGAACCAGAUAUGCAAUGAUGCUGCUGGAAGGGCAAGGCCUCUUCCAAGGAGGCAGUGAUGGUGUCUUUCCAAGAGCAAAGAUCUGUUUCAGCUGCCAUAAGCAGAUGUUUCUUAAGUGGCCUUACAACUGUUACCUCUGCAGCAGGGUUGUCUGCUGUGACUGCUGUGUUAAGAUGUCCAUGCCCUUCCGAACAUGUGUACAUCUCCCACUUCAAUUCCUAAAAUUUUUGAGACUCUCCAGAGAGGAUGAUCCAGCUACUCAAGAGCAGAAGAGCUCUGAGUUGCUACAUGAAAUAAAGCACCAGCAGUAUUUUGGUGUACCUGUUGUUUUGGAGCCCUGUGGUCUAGCACAGCCCCUGUGCUGUUACACAGGGACCAUGGCAGACUGGCUGACUGCAGACAUCUGUACAUGGUGUGAGCAAUACCUGUUGAGUGUGACUUCCAGUCAACAGCACAGCAUCCCUCUCAGGAGAAUUUCCUGGGCUUAAACCAAACUGGAGUGAUUCUACCAUACAUUUCCACUUGUUAUGUACCUUAUGCACGUACUGACAUAAAGGCCUGAAUGAAAGAGCUCCCUGCUGGUUAGUCUAAGCAGGAAGCACAGUUAAUACUUCUGUAUUGUGAAAUAUUCUAAAGCUUUGUGGGUUUUAGGUUUUAAUUCUUUUUAUGUGUCCUGGGGAAAAUAAAUGUUCAAGCACUAUCAUGCCUCUAGAAUUUCUUUCUUUGCACCUGCAACUGUCAUUGUUUCAUGGCACAUUUUGCCUUCAUUGCUGAGCAGACUUCUUCCAAUGUACUGAGCACAGGGAAACUUUUAACCAAAAACCCCCCAUUUAUGAGAGGCUGUGAAAGUGGAGCUCUCAGUUAUGUGAUCACAUCACUCUGCAUUUUGCAAA